CAGAAGGCACCGCGGCUGGCAUUGUUUAGCCUGUGGCGCUGAGAGCUGGCAGGGUGGCGGCAGGUUUGUAAAGGAUGAGCUGGAGUGGAGUCGGUCCUGUCAGGGAGGAAAGUUUGCAGAGCAAGAAAGAAGGUCCUGAAAUCCCUGUAGCUUUGCCACCUGUACAAAUUACAGAGGAUUAGAUUAUAAUCAUUUUCGAAAUGGCGACCUCUGCAGAUCUGAAUUGGGAAGAGAACUUGGUUGCACACUGGAUGUCUGAUGCUUCCCGUGCUGGAGUCAUACUAAAUCCUAUGUUCCCCAAUUUGAAAAUCACCAGAGCAAACAGUUUUGAAAAUACCCCAUUAAAUCUUGGAGUGCAUUCACUCUACAGCUCAAGGAGCUCUUCUCUGAGUGAAGACUCUCUGCACAAAGGGCAAGCCUUCAGACUUAUUCAUCCUUGUGAGGAAAUGUUGGAUGGACCCAAUUCUUUGGCAAAGCAGGACCCUAUGGCUGUGGUUCAGGAACCUCCAGCUUCGCAAACCAACCCUGAAUGUGAUAAAUUUGAAGAUAUUGGUGAAAACCGUUGCUCUGAUCUACUUCUGCAAAAGCUUGAGCAGCUCAAAGGAGUGCAGCAGCACAAGCAAGAACUACUGAGAAGGCAACAAAUGGAUCAAAUUCAAAAACUAAUGGAGGAGCAACAGAAACUACUUUCCAGGGUCUCUGGGCAGCAAACACACUCUGAAGAUGGGAUGAAUCAAAGAUACGUUCAACCACCUCAUUUAUUCCCUGGGCCAUAUCUUCCAUCACGUUGCCAUGAUGACAGUGCUCACCUGGACAGUGUUUCUUGUAUUUCUUCUCCCGCUGAACGAAGGAAUUCUCUUGAGAAACUCAAAAAUGGAGAAGUAUUGAAAGGAAGUAUGUCUGAGAAAGGCAUGUCUUUCAAAGCACAGGAUGAAAUAGAAAGUGAAGAUGCAAGUGACCUAACAGGAAGAAUUAAUUGGUCUCCUGAGCAAAAUUGCUUUGCAUGUGGAGAUGGUGAUGUUAGUUGUGAAGGCAAAGUGUAUACAGACAAGUGUUCAGGCAGUCUUAAUGCAGAGGAAAGGCCUCUUCUUGCCACUAUUGAAGAGAGAAAACAGACAUUUGAAGAAUUUCUGGAAGAACAGAUACAACUGGAAGAGCAGAGACUCCGCCAAAAGGGAAAGGAUACUGGAAAAACAACUUUCCAGAAACCAGUUGCAAAACGUCCUUUCCUAAAGCGAGGGGAAGGUUUAAGUAGGUUUACUAAUGCCAAAUCCAGAGUAGCUAAAGAAAAGGAAAGCAAAGUGACUAUUCAUCCAGAUAUUUCUGAAGUCAACAGUUCAGUGAAAGCAAACAAGCCACAACUUCAUCGGAAAACGGCACUUUCAAAUAAAGACCACGUUUCUGACAACUUUGUGCCUAAAAAUGGCAAUCAGAAUGCUAAAACGAAGAAGGCUUUUCCUGCUCGAAAAACAACAGGGUUCAGGAAAGGUAUCUCUUUAUCUGCAAGAGAAAACCCCAAUGAAAGGAAACCCGGAGAACUGAGAAAGUCUAUCAGAUCACAAAUAAAUGAUGAGAAUAAUAAAGAAAACAUCAUGGCACCGCUGGCAUCAAAUGAAAUCGAUAUUUUGCCCGGUGAAAAACCUGAGCAUCCUUUGAAACAAGCCAGAUCUCUCACAGAUUCCUUUGAACAAGGACCUGAUUUCUCUUUUGAACUUUCUUUCCAAAGGAAGUUGAAAACCUGGGAUACUGAGAAGGAAAAGGAAAAAAACGAAUUGGAUGAAUUUUUGUUUCUGGAGCAGGCUGCGGAUGAAAUCUCUUUUGCUAGUAACUCUUCGCUUAUCGUACAGAUUUUGGAUCAAGGCCAGCACAUUUCCGCAGGGCACAGACUGUCUUCCACUCCUGUCAAAUCAAGACCUGAGCAAAUGCAUGUGCUGGAUAUUACAGCUGUGAAUGGCAGAAAUGGAGAACGGUAUGUUUCCCAGCAAGAUAGCAAUGAAAGAACUAGAGCCACAGUUGUAGGCUGCCAGUCCCAAGAAUCGCCAAAGAGUCAUCAAAAUAAAUCUGAUAGCAAAAAACCUCAGGCUUUUCCCACUGAGGAAUUUCAAGGUUUUAGAAAUACAAGUUGGGAUGAUGAAGAUGAAUCUGAAUCUGACAGAAGCAGUGAAUCUGAAUCUGAGGAGGAAUUUGAGACUACCAUAAAGCCUGUGAGUGAGAGAGCUAAAAAGCUAGAUUUGAAAUAUAGUGGUGAACUUUCUGAGUGUGAAGGAAAAGCUAAAGACCCAAACAAAGAAGCUAGCCCUGAUUUACAGGGGGAAAAUCCUUGUAGCCACCCAGCUAAUGAGAUAAGCAGAGACCCCAUGUCUGAAAGUAUUUGCUGUGGAAAAAGCAAUGGCAUUGAGUUUGGUGAUGAAACAUCAUGGUCAGACUUUGAAGAUUAUGGGAAUCAAUGUAAUGAAUUAGAAAACAGUGGCCUGGUUAACAAAGUGCCUCUGCCUUCCAAUGGCUCUGCCAAAAAUGAGUUGGUGUUCCCAGAUAAAGUGAUAAAGAGGAAGAUUGCCAUGGUGAAGAAAGGGGAGGAGGGACCUAAGCCAAGUGUGACUGAUGAUGGUGAGAUGGCUGCGCCUCCCACAACAGAUCUCAUGUUGAAGCUCUUUCCUGCUCUGAAACCCAAGCAGAAGGUGGACGCACAGCAGAAACACGAUCCCAAACCCAACACAUCUCAGGAAGAAUCGGGGGCAGAUUCUGCUCGUUCUCAGAUCUUGAAAGAGAAACUUGUUGAACUGGAAACGGAAAUUGAAAGAUUUAGAGUAGAAAAUGCCUCACUCACAAAGCUUCGAGAGGAGCGUGAAAAUGCUAUGGAAAAUCUCAGAAAAGAAAUUGCAGAUUUUGAACAACGGAAAGUGAAAGAACUAGCUCAAAUAGAAGAUUUUAAGAAAGAAGAAGUACGAAAACUGCAGAAAGAACGCAAAGUCUUUGAGAAAUAUGCACAGGCAGCUAGAGCCAUUCCCGAUAAAAAGGAACGUGAUGAAAUUCAGGCGUUGAAACAGCAAAUGGCAAACCUGCAGGGAGACCUAAAAAGAAGAGAAGCAAAAUGGUCAACAACCCACAUGCGCCUCAGAGACCAGAUCGAGGCCUUAACCAAGGAAAAUCUGCAGCUCCGGGAAGAGAUCAAAAUCAUGGAAAGAUGUCGUUUGGAGGCUUGGAAAAGAAAAGAAGCUUCUGCAAGCAAGAAGAAAACAGAUGGGAGUUCUACAAAGAGAGCAGAAUCUAUUCACUCCUCAGCUAUACUGCAAAAAAGUCAGACAUUUUCAUCAGUUCAUCAAACAGAAAAAAACAUCAAGAUAAAUGGCAAAUGUGAUCCUUCAUCAGAAGAAAAGACAUUUGCAAAACCUAAACCACCAGCUGCACAUGAUGGCUCUUCAGACAAUUCAACCAAGCCUUUUGAAGAUUCCUCCAGGACCUUUACGGUAGCAAGUAAAAAUUUACCUGCCAGUGAUAUAGUUGACUCAGCAUCAGUAGUCACUUCUGAUACUACAGAUAGCGAAGACAGAAUAGUACAGAGUGAAGCAACGCAUCCGGAUGGAAAGGUUGAAAAGCUUUUAAAAAAUGGUUCCCACCUUAUUAUCUUCCCUAAUGGCACACGGAAGGAAGUGAGCUAUGAUGGAAAGAUUACAACUGUGAGCUUUUUUAACGGGGAUAUAAAACAAAUCCUGGAAGAUCAGAGAGUGGUAUACUAUUAUGCAAAUGCCAAAACAACCCAUACUACAUACCCUACAGGUUUAGAAGUUCUCCACUUCUCCAAUGGGCAGAUAGAGAAGCAUUUUCCAGAUGGAAGGAAAGAGAUUGUAUUCCCUGAUCAAACCGUUAAAAACGUGUUCACGGAUGGACGAGAAGUAAACAUUUUUCCUGACGGCACCAUUCUCCACAUACAGCAGGAUGGAAGUAGAAUAGUAGAGUUCAAUAACGGGGAGCAAGAAAUGCACACAGCCCAUUUCAAGAGACGUGAAUAUCCUGAUGGGACCAUCAAGACAGUUUACGUGGAUGGGCGCCAAGAGACUCAAUAUGCUUCAGGUCGAGUCAGAGUUAAAGAUAAGGAUGGCAAUGUUAUUAUGGACACUCUCCCAUAAAUGUAUGUUCUGUCUUGUCUGUUUUCUUUUUAGCUUUCCUAAACACUACCCUAAUCUCACUUGUAAAAAUUAUUUGUAUAUAAGAGUAAAACUGUUGUUAAUAAAUUUUGAAACAACUGA